UACUGUAAUAAAUUGUAAAUUGUAUUUUUUCAAAGCAGAAUGCACUGCAUUUUCAUUAUUUUUAGAACAGCUCAUAUUCUUGUUUAAGUUUUCCUCCUCGGGAGCUCGGGAGUGUCAGUUAAACGAACUUACAGUCAUCAGGUAUCUUCAAAGUAAAUCGGUAAACAAGUGUUAUGCCGUGACUGACAAUUUCCAUAUUGAAGUGAACCAGUAUUGAUUGUGUUUAUUGCAAUAAAAUUAAAAGAAUGUUACGGGAGUUUUAAAAAGGUAAUCGCCUAAUUAUAUGCCCAUAAUAGAGUGGAUUAAACGUAAUAAAUAAAAUUAUCGGAAUGAACCUCGAUAACUCGUCAAGAGAAAAUUCCGAAGCCUUGGAUUCCAUCGGUACCGUAAGUCCGAGAGAAAAAUAUCACAGUAUGAGAGAAAAGAAAUUAUCGACUGCUUCACUAACAAACUCCGAAGGAGCGCGGCCAAAAGUGGUAACCGUGAAACAUCCUGAGUCAAACAAGCCUAAACCUACAGCCAAGAAGAACAAACCCAUUCAAGCCGAUUUAGAUGUCAUCAAAGAGUUUAUGCGAUGCCGUGAGGAAGGCGUGAAGCGGCUAGAUUUAAGCAAAUCAAGCAUCACAUCUCUACCCCCCAAUGUCAGAGACUUGACACAUUUGGUUGAGUUUUAUUUAUAUGGAAAUAAACUAGUUGCUCUUCCUGCUGAAUUCGGUUGUUUAACGAAUUUGCAAACAUUAGCAUUAAAUGAAAAUUCAUUAACAAGCUUACCUGAUUCUCUUGCAAAUUUAAAAUGCCUGAAGGUAUUGGAUUUGCGACAUAAUAAAUUAAGUGAUAUUCCUGAUGUUGUAUAUAAGCUUACAUCAUUGACAACACUGUUUCUUAGAUUUAACAGAAUUCGAGUAGUUUGUGAUGGCAUCGCCAAUCUUACAAACUUAACUAUGCUAAGUUUAAGAGAAAAUAAGAUCAAAGAAUUGUCCUCUGGGAUUGGUAAACUGGUUAAUCUGGUUACAUUUGAUGUCUCACAUAACCACUUGGAACAUUUACCCCAAGAAAUUGGUUUUUGUGUUAAUUUGUCUACACUUGAUUUGCAACAUAAUGAAUUGCUUGAUAUCCCUGAGACAAUAGGCAACCUCCAAUCACUAACUCGUCUUGGUCUUCGUUACAACCGACUGACUGCCAUUCCUGCAAGCUUAAGUAACUGCAAACAUAUGGAUGAGUUCAAUGUAGAAGGCAAUUCUAUUUCACAACUCCCUGAAGGGUUGCUUGCCAGUCUUAAUGAAUUGACUAGCAUUACCCUCUCUAGAAAUUCCUUUAUGAGUUAUCCCUCUGGAGGACCUGCUCAAUUUACUAAUGCAUUUUCCAUAAAUCUAGAACAUAACCAAAUUGACAAAAUACCAUAUGGUAUAUUCUCCAGAGCUAAAAGUUUAACCAAACUGAACAUGAAGGAGAACUUGCUGACAUCUCUCCCCCUUGACAUUGGCACAUGGAUCAACAUGGUGGAGCUUAAUUUAGGCACAAACCAAUUGUUGAAAUUGCCUGAUGAUAUUCAAUGCCUUCAGAACUUGGAGGUGUUAAUACUAUCCAAUAAUUUAUUAAAACGAAUCCCACCUAGUAUUGGAAGCUUAAGAAAGCUUAGAGUUUUAGACUUGGAAGAAAACAAGCUGGAAGUUCUACCAAAUGAGAUAGGAUUUUUGCAUGACUUGCAAAAAUUGAUUGUGCAAUCCAAUCAGCUAACUACAUUGCCUCGAUCCAUUGGUCAUUUGAUUAAUCUUACAUUUCUAAGUGUUGGUGAAAACAAUCUUCAGUAUUUGCCAGAGGAAAUUGGCACCCUUGAGAACUUGGAAUCAUUGUAUUUGAAUGAUAAUCCUAAUUUAUGUAACUUACCAUUUGAGCUAGCUCUUUGUGUGAGCUUACAGAUAAUGAGUAUUGAGAAUUGUCCCUUGACUGCUAUUCCACCUGAGGUGGUAUCUUCAGGUCCGUCAUUGGUCAUUCAAUAUUUGAAGUCUCAAGGCCCAUACAGGGCCAUGUGAUAUCAGGAAGUGGAUAGCAUUAUCAAUGAGGGCAUUUAAACUUGAAACAGCAUAAUUUCUUCAGAAAAUCUAUAGCUUACCUUGAAUUUUGUCAACAAUGAUUAAAAAUAAUACAUGUUAUAUGGAUGUGUAGUUGCAUUAGUUGUAUUUUACUUUAUCUCUAAAUGUUUCUAACGUUUUACAGAAAUUUUGAAGAAUUGCUUAAAUUUCAAUGCUCAUGUCAAUAUUUAUACCAGUAUUCAGUUUAUAGUUGGUAAUAUUUAUAUCUGUCUAUGCUAUAAUCAAUGUUUUUAUUGUUUAGGCUAAACAUCUCUUAUUUACAAUUAAAUAAUGUGUAAGAAAAAUAAAAAAGAAACAAAAAUAAAGAUCAAUGUUAGUAUUUAUGUUGAUAACAUAUUUAUGGUGUACAUAUUAUGUAAUGUGUAAUUAAAUGUGCAUUGUAUUUGUAACCAUAGGUUUUAUAAGUUUACAAACAGUUCUCUUGAGACAAUUUCAUCUUUACAUUUUUAAUUAUUACUUUAAGUAAUACAUGGUGGCCAAAUUAUGACAUUCUUAACUACAACUUGCUUAAAAUACAAUCAAUAUGCAUGUGGUAGUUUUUAUUACAUUGAAGAAUUUUUUAUGUGGUCAGUGCUUUAAAAAUUACAUUUAAAAAUAUAUUGUCUUUAAUUUUUUUCUGGAAAAAACUGAGCAACAUCUUUUCGUAUGAUGUGUGUUUCGGGAAUGAAAACUAAUGGCAAUUUGGAAGAUAAUACUUCCAAUUCAUCAAGAUAUUAAAAUAAUUGUUUAGAGAACAUACAAUGAAAUUUUUGUUUAGCUUUUUAAUAUCAACUGAUCUAAGAUCAAUUGUAGUAUAAGUUUAUAUUUUUCUAGUUUGUUGCAUUUAUUAAUUAUAUGUCGAUUUUUGGACUUGUGAUUAAGUCUAAUAGUUUUUUUAAUAUACUUUGUAAACUUACCCUAAAAUUUUACCUCCUGAAGGGCUCUAAAGCACAAAAUUGUGAUGAAUAUAAAAUAGAACAUAUCCUUUAAGGAAAUUUUCUUUAUGCUUACAUUAAGUGGAGGACUAUGGCCUUGCUUUUAUUCUGAACUGGUUAAACAUUUAUAAUGUAUCGUCGUAAAUUUGACAUGUAAUGUUUGUUGAUGUGGUUUUCAAAUGUUAUAAAAUAUAAAAUGUUUUAGUAUUAGAUUUUUCUACUGUAGUAGAGUACAAUAUUCUUAUGUAAUAUUGAACGCUUUGCCCGACCUUCUUACAAUUUUUUGUAAAUAUGAUUUGCUUGGACAUUGACGUAUUUCGUGUGCGAGUCAAAUGUGAGCACUUUGCACAUAAUGCCAAUUGUCCUGUUAACUUUAGGAGCUGUAACUAUUUGGUAUGUGGAUAACGUUCAUUAGUACGACCGGUGUAUGAGUCAACUGAAUUUGUGUCAGUGCAUUUAUCAUAAGUACCUAUUUCUUGCUAUACGACUAUAGUAUAAAAUAUUUGCCGACGUAUUUCGGUUAUAAUUUUUUUUAUAUGGUGUUUAGAUUGAUUUUAUCCACUCCACAUAUUUGAUUUUGAAUUGUAAUAUUUUAUCCAGUGUUUUUCAUUUUAUCAAAAAAUUACGUAUUAAUAUUUUAAUCAACAGUUAUCUAGAUAACUGAUUAAACACGUAUCUUGCAUAUUGUAUCGUUGAUUUUGUAAUAUGAAGUUACAUUAUUCAUAUUAAUAGAGAAAUUCAACUCAAACUUUUUGUGUACUAUGUCACGGAAAUAUUUUCACUAUUGCACUAUUCAUUCAAAAAAUAUUUUAAUUUUGGUAAUUUUGAAAACACUGAGUAAACUUUUCCGGUCUUAUUUCAAUCAGGUAAUAAACGAAAGAAUAGUCAUAAUAAAAACGAAAGGUAUAAACCUAAGUAUUGUUAAUUGAAUUUUUAUGUAUGCUUUUUACAGCUUUAUUUAGAGUUUAGACAUUCUAUAUAGGUUUUCCACUAUUAGCUAUCGUCUUAAUGACAUGUAAUAUG